AUGUCAUCACUAUUGUUAGAUGAAGAAACUUCACAUAAAUUAUCUAGUAAAUUAAAAUGGGACAAUCUAUCGAAUUCAAAUGAUUUAGAAAUAGAUUCUGGAUCCAUAUCAGCAUCAACGUCAUCAUCGCAUGAAAAACCAAAUAAGGAUAUUCCUCAAGGUACUACCGUAUCAGAGAAGGAAUCUGAGACCAACAACCAGAAAAGUAAAAAACCUAAAGAUAAAAAAAUAAAACAAAAUCAACAACAUCAGCCAGAGGUAGAUGAACAUCCACCAGUGUUUACCAAACCAUUAUAUCAGAUCCCAGAUAAGCCAUAUAAUGAAUUAUCACCUGCUGAUAAGAUCUUAUAUAAAUUUAAUGAAAUUACCGUUAAUAAAGAGAAAUAUUGGUUAGCUCAUACUGGAUUAACUGAUUAUCAAUUAAAAAUUAGAAUUAAAGAUUUUUUACCUGAUAAUUGGAAAGAUAAACCAACGAUAUUUUAUGAUCCAAGAUUUACAUUGGCAAUUUAUAUUUCAGAAAUUAAACAUCAAUUAUUAGAAAAUGAAUCAAAUAAUGAAGAUUCCGUGGUUGUGCCCUUUGCUUGGUCAGAUUGGGUUGAUUUAACCAUGUUAAAUGAAGAAUUAUUAAAACCGGAAGGACAAAGAAAGAAUUGUGAAUAUAUGAAAGCAACUCAUCAUAUCCCACCAAGAGAUCCAAAUUAUUGUAUUAAUAAUGCAGAAAUUACAAGAUAUGAUUUGGAAGAAAUGGGAUUACCUUCAACUGAUUUUGUACCUGGAUUUGCCGUUAAGAAAUCUCCAGCAAAUAAAGCAAGUAAUGAAGUUAGAAUGUGGGAAGGUAAAUCGCAUUUAUUAACUUAUGCCGCCAAUCCAUUAGGUAUUGUAUUAUUAUCCAAAGAUGGGGUUUAUGAAGCUAAGAUUGAUGGAAAACAACGUAUUGUCGAUGGAGAAUUAUUUACCAAUUAUUUGAAAUAUAAUAAUUUAGAACCAACUCAUGAUGAUGACGCUAAAGUCAUUGUUAAUCCAGUUAAAGAAUUCAAUUCCUUAUUGGCCCAAGUUAAAGCAUUACCGUUAGAUCCUCAUGAAGAUGUUUAUGGAAUGGCAGCUAAGAUAAAGCAAACUGAUGAAUCUGCCAGUCGUGAACUUUAUCUUCCUGAAACGGCAUUCAAUUAUCAACAAGAUAGAAUCGAUCUCCAAAUUGCCGAAUAUGAACAUAGAAUGAAUAAAUUACAAGCAUUGACUACUAAUGAACUUAUAUUUGAUCAAAAACAAAUCAAUGAAUUAAGAUUCACCAGAAGUGAAAAGAUGUAUUUUGAAGGAUUAAAAUAUUCUAAUAAAUUCCAACUUAAUAAUGAACCUACAUAUUUCAGAAUGGCUCGAUUAGUAUUUGGAAAUGAAGAAAAUGAAAAAGAUGCCGGAUGGCAUUAUGAAUGGAGAUUUUUCAAUGGGGCAUUAAGAUAUUUAAAACCAGGAUGGAAUCGAGAAGAAUUACAAAUUAGAGAAAAAGUAUUAUUAGAUCGUAUUUUACGUAAUUGGUUUAGAUUUGCUAAUGAAAAGGGGAUAAUUUCUUGGAUUGCUCAUGGUCCAUUAUUGAGUUGGUAUUGGGAUGGAUUAUUAUUCCCAUUUGAUGAAGAUAUUGAUAUUCAAAUGCCUGCUGAAGAAUUAGCGAGAUUUUCAAGAUUGUAUAACCAAACACUCGUUAUUGAAGAUAUAACUGAAGGGUUUGGGAAAUUUUUCAUUGAUUGUUCUACAUUUGUUCAUCAUAGAGGGAAAUCAUACAAGGAAAAUCAUAUUGAUGCUAGAUUUAUUGAUAUUGAUACUGGUUCAUAUAUUGAUAUCACCGGUUUGGGUAUUUCAAAUGAAGCAGUGCCUGAAAAAUAUAAGGAACUAGUUGCCAAGAAUGAAGCCCAAGGGAAGCCAAGACCAGUUUAUAAUUGUCGUAAUUUACAUUUCUCAUCAUAUGAUGAAUUAUCCCCCUUAAGAUUCACCAUGAUGGGAGGGGUUCCAUUAUAUGUUCCAAACCGAAUUGAAGAAAUCCUAAAGGAUGAAUAUUCAAAAGGAAUGACAAGUUAUCAUUAUGAUGGAUUCUUUUUUAUUGAUGCAAUUAAUUUAUGGAUUCAUUAUACAAAAUUAGAAUUCCUUUUCCAAGGACAAGAAUAUAAAUUAACCGAUGGAAGUGGAAAAGUUGAUGUUGAUAAAUUUACCAAUUUAGUGCAAUCAAUGACAAUGGAUCAAGUUGUCCAAUUAUUAGAUAAAGAAGAGGAUAUUUUAUUAGAAUAUUAUUUGACUAAAGAUGUUACUGAUAUACAUAAACAAGAGCUUACAUAUUUAUUUAAUUUACCAAAUGGGGUCAAGACAAAGAUUGGUCAUGUUGAAGGACAAAAAUCGGAUGGGGAUAUUUCGGGUAAUCUAGAAUAUCAUAAGUUUACAAGUAAGAUUAAAUUCCAGACACCAUUUAGAAGAUCUGUUUUUAAUUAUGAAUGGAUUGAUAGACCGAGAUAUCAUAAAGAUGAUAAUUAA